GAUCACCGAGACUGUGGCUGGGCAAGACACUGAAGAUGCAAGACACCCUGCUGCGAGUGUUUGUGGUGGCUGUGGGUCUCCUAACGUGUCCCAGGGAUGACCCUGUGGUUCAGAGACUGGAUGAUAUAACUCCAUCCAGGAUGCAAAAGCACCAACAGAGGCUGAUGGGAGGUGGUAACAAACUAGACAACCUGAUGGAACCUGUGAAUGAGGAAAUGACACACACUGACAGCAGAGGGCCUCCUGGUGACAAACAAGACAUACGCAAAGAGAAAAAUCCAUCUGCUCAACAUGUUACUGAGGGAGAACACAUUUCACAUUUAGGAGAUGUGACUGCUCUGAAGGGAAAUUCACAGCUUGACACGCAGAGCAAACAGAGAGGAGAUGUCCUGGUUGAUGGUGCUUUAGACGGACCAGAUGGGAAACAAGACCAGACUGAGGAGAAAGAAGAGACCAGCUCCAAAGAACAGGAGUCUGCUCCGUCACACCUUCACACCAAGACGUCAGAAAAUGAAACUUCAGAGGAGGCCAGCGCUGAAUGGGAGAAAGAUUACCUCUGGUACCUGUGGAACACACUGUCCAUCAUUUCAGUGAUCCGCUUUGUCAGGAAAUGCAUGGGGAGAAAUCCUGAUGUGAAACCAGAAGAAAACAGGGGUUCCCCUGUGGCCUGCACGGAUGCUGAAGUGCCACUUUUAGACGGAAACACUCUGCAGAGAUUUCAUUCUAAAUAUGUGAAAAUCUCUGCAGAUAAUAAGUGGAAGGAGGUGUUCUUGGAGGGGUUUGUAGAUGAUCUAAUAACGGCCAUGAGGAAAGUGUGUCAUAAAAGUGGAAGUAUGGUGAUUGAGGACUUUCAGAUGUUGAAUGCAUGUAAUGUCAUCGUCCCCAUCAUUCCACCGGAUCCAUGCAGUUUUCAGUGUCUCCUCUGGAACAAUCAGGCAAGUGACCAGCUUCCAGACAUGCAGGUUUGUGGUCAGAUAAAGCUGGUGGAAAGAAAGGAAAGCCAAGGUGGCUGCUCCUGUCAGUCACCUGAUGCAGAUGAUAUGGUCUGUCUGCUGCAUUGUGAGACAGAGAGAGUAAAGGGGAAGAUUACUGAUGUGUAUGGUGGUCUCCUUUGUGUGAAGAACUCACAGUUCCUUUCAAAAUCACAGGUAACUAGGUGGUUUCAGAGCACCAUCAAAGAGGCGUGGGCACAGAUUUCACACAAGUAUGAGUUUGAGCUGUCCAUACGCUACCUUGAUGCUCCUGGUGCUCUGGUGGUUCGAUUCAGAUCAGGGAAGAAAAUCAGCUUCAGUGUGAACCCUGUGGUUAGAUUUAACAAUGGUGCCCAUUUCACCAUCACACCCUGCUCUCCAACAAACCUGGACACUUUGUGGACACUCUCCCUGACAAACUAUGAAAAUCACUUCUUAAAAAACAUUUCUAAACACCUGCCUCAAAACUCAUGUCACAGUGUAACUCUUGAAAUUGCAAUUUUCCUUCACAGGAGACAAACAGCAUUGUUAGGGAGCAGUGUGCUCAUGGACUUUCAUUUUAAAACUGCUCUAAUGCAUCUGCUUCUGACCUCUGAGGCAUCACAGUGGAAAGCAGAACAUGUGGCUGUUAGGUUGCAAGACUUACUGGCCUUCAUGGGGAGAAGCCUUGAGAAAAAGCAGUUGCACCAUGUUCUUGUAGGAAACCCUUUAGCUCAGAGGGUUAUUGUUGAACUUCCUGAUGAAUUCACUCAAGCACAGACUGUGAAUCUCUUCCAUCCCCUUGUGGUUCACAGCUGCAUCUACAGAAAUGCAGUGAUGCACUUCCAGGAAAUGCUUAAAAAUGCACACAUGCUAAUACAAGAGUAUGUUGAUCAGUGCAAUGAUAACUGCUCAGUAUGAAUAUAGAGUACAAUUUAAAGUGUCCUCAUUUUAAGAGGAUCAGAUGAGUUUGUCAGUAAUGGUACUGUGUAAAAGAAAAUCCAGGCACAAGAUAUAAAGUUAAUCAUUUAUUUAAAAUGCUGGACACAUUUAAUAAUCAUGCUCCCAGUAGUUCACGAAGUCCCUGUGCUCUUCCAUGCCAGGGUCUUCAAAGUUGAUGGAGUCAGCUUCUGCUAUUUUCAUCAGAGGUCGAAAGUCCAUGUCUUCAUCCUUAUUGCGCAAGUCGACCUUCCACGAGUGACUGGAAAUCAAAUUCCUUGAAGCUGUUGAGAAAUUUAAAUUGCAUUUUAAAAGCAGAUGUCUGAGUGCUUCUAUUCACUUAAACCUUAUCAAGCUCAUUUUAAGUCUAUAAAAGUCACAUUAGGUGUGAAAGACUGUUUCCUGGAGGUGUUAAACUUACCUUUAAGGUAUGCCGAGGAGCAGCUGGAGUCACAGCAGGUGCAAACAGAAUCACCACCAUAGAGCUCCUUCCACCUAAAACCAUUAACAAGUUAAAUCAGGAGUGUCAUGAUAGCUAGACAGCUUAACACAUCAAUGUGCCCAGCAUCUUACUUGUCCUUGCAAAGAGGUUGUGUCAGCUGCUACAAGUCAAGUGUUGAAUUUUAUCCUUCAAGAGCAAAACAUGUUUAACCUGAGCCAACUCACUUUUUAGUAGUUGCAUCAUAAUUGCAGGCCUUUGAACUUGCAGUUGGUGUAAGUUUCCCCACAGAGAUCUCACAGUGCAUGUAGAGUUGCUGCAAGACAUGGUUCAGUGUUAACAGGAAUUUGUAUUCAACGGAAUAAGGCUCUGUGCCGUUUGAUUUUUACAAUACCUGUGAUGAUGAGGAGGAGGAAAUCGAGUCCUUGAAAAUCAAAGCUCCUAUACUGAAUUUCUGGACCAUCUUUGAGUCACCGGUGAGAAACUUGGACUGGUCAGUCAGCUUGCCAUCAAUCAUACAGCUGCAAUCACAGAAAAAUGCAUGUGUACUUCUCAUAACAGAGACAUAACCAACUCAGUCAGAAUAAUAUCUUACCCAUGGUUGUCAAUGACCGUGUAUUUAGGGUUUGAGUUGGGGUCUUUGGCGGCCGUCAUGAAGCACUUCUUGACAUAUAUUCUUUGAUCUGCAGAUUUAGCUGUGCCACCAGGUCGCUUGGCCUCGAAGAACAUUGGCUGGCCCAGGGUGUAAGUUUUAGCACCAGUGAUUUCAUUCCCUGAUGCUGUGAGGAAGAGGGGAUGUCGAUCACUAAACAAUGAUACAAAUUCAACCCCUUGCACAUUUAAGAUAAAACAUGGCAAAUGUUAUUCCUGCCAGAGUUCUCAAACACGCAUUGCCAAAUAACUGAGCUUGUACACUGUCAUGUAUGCCUGCAAAUUGUGUAUUUAAGUACAACUUAAAUCAUCAAUAGAUAACUAUGGUUUUGUAAACAUUGAAAUAAAGAUUUUGCUUAAGA